AUGCUGAAAUCUGGCUUUUAUCUGCUGGGUGGCGUUGUGGGUGCCGCGAGCUCGCUGCCAGCUUUUCUCGCCGCCACCACCCGAUCCAUUUGGGAUCCGGUCAAUGCAGGCGACGUCGCUGCCGUGGGUGAGAUCACUGCGUUGACAGCGCUGGAGCACAUGAAGCAAUCGAUGAUGUCGGAUCGCACGGGCCGGAUGAUAUUGCGGACUCAACCCCGUGUCACGGACGAAACGCUGGAGUUUGCCAGCCGACAACCGCCUGGUACUUUUGGGCAUCGAUACGCACAGUUCAUGAAAUUCAAUCGUUUCACUCCAAACGGUCGUACGCCUGUCGCCCAUGUCGCGGACCCAACACUUGCGUAUGUCAUGCAGCGCCAGCGCGAGACGCACGACUUUCUCCACACCUGCAUUGGUUGCGGCCGCACCGUCGAGGAGGAAAUUAUUGUAAAACUGCUGGAAUGGCGUCACACCGGCCUUCCUAUUGGUCUUCUGGCUGUCAUUGGGAGCUUGCCGUGGCUUAGUAGGCAACAAUUACGAAACAUGGAACUGUACUUCGAGUGGGCCGAAGUAAACGCACCAAAUCAGCGCCAUGGGGAAGUAUACAUUCCAUAUAUAACCAACGUGUGGUGGGAGUCUUAUCUUGACAAGCCCUAUGAGCAACUUUUGGCGGAUACCGGCAUUACGCCAAUUGAUGUUUUUCUCCAGCAAAAAAAAGGUAAAGCGGCCUUAGCAAAUGGCGAAGCAAUUGAUGGCAAGUGA